AUGUCUCAUACUCAACCAUCGCCUACUGCGGGUGUAGCUCCGCACCAUGCGGCAGCGCAUCUCGCGGCGCAUGCGCAGGCGCAGGCCAAUGGACACAUGGCCUCAAUUCCUGUGCAAGGCCAAAAGGGAGUCCCUGCUCUCACCACAGCCCAGAAGAUCGCCACGCUCAAUGAGCAAGUUUGGCUUUCAAUAGGUGGCUUGACCGAAUUGAUGGGUGACCUCGAAGGUGCGAUGAAUGCCUAUGAGCAGGCCCUGCGUCACAACCAGUGGUCUAUCUCCGCCAUGAACGCGAUUUCGUGCAUUCUCCGAACAAAAGAGCAAUUCCCCAAAGCGAUUGAGUAUCUGCAGAACAUUUUGAAGUUGGACCCGAGCAAUGGAGAGACCUGGGGCAGUUUGGGCCACUGUCAUCUCAUGAUGGAUAAUUUGCAAGAGGCAUACACCUCUUACCAGCAAGCUCUUUACCACUUGCGCGACCCUAAGGAACCCAAGUUGUGGUACGGAAUUGGUAUUUUGUAUGACCGCUAUGGUUCUCUGGAUCAUGCGGAAGAAGCUUUCUCGCAAGUCAUGCGCAUGGCGCCUGACUUUGAGAAGGCCAAUGAGAUUUACUUCCGUCUGGGAAUCAUAUACAAGCAACAGCAGAAGUUUAACCAAAGUUUGGAGUGCUUCAAAUACAUUGUCAGCGAUCCUCCACGGCCUUUGACCGAAGAGGACAUCUGGUUCCAGAUUGGCCAUGUUCACGAGCAACAAAAAGACUUCGAGUCUGCUCAAUCCGCCUACCAGCGUGUCCUCGAGCGGGAUCCAAACCACGCUAAAGUCCUCCAGCAACUUGGUUGGCUCUACCACCAGCAGAGCAAUGCUUUCCAGAGCCAGGAGAAGGCUAUCCAGUUCCUGGAAAAGUCUGUCAAUGCUGAUAACAAUGACGCUCAAAGCUGGUAUCUCCUUGGACGGUGCUACAUGUCCAUGGCCAAAUACCCCAAGGCCUAUGAAGCCUACCAGCAAGCUGUCUACCGCGAUGGCCGCAACCCUACUUUCUGGUGCUCGAUCGGUGUUCUUUACUAUCAAAUCAACCAAUACCGCGAUGCCCUCGAUGCCUACUCUCGUGCGAUUCGCCUAAACCCUUACAUUUCUGAAGUCUGGUAUGACCUAGGAACCUUGUACGAAUCAUGCAACAACCAGAUCGCCGAUGCUUUGGAUGCCUAUGGACGUGCCGCAGAUCUUGACCCGAGCAAUGUUCACAUCAAGGCUCGUCUGCAGCUUCUUCAAAGUCAGUUAACUGCUGGCACAGCAGGACAACAGCCGCCCACUGCUCCCGCUCCUCAGCCCCAGGAUGUUCACCCCCAGGCUUACCAGGCACCUGGUGUUGGUGCGCCUCCAGCCCCUCAGUGGGGUGCACCAGCUCCCAUUGGCCCCCCUCCCCAGGCUCCUGCUCCUCCAAGACAGAUUCCCGAUUGGAAUCGUGGUAUCAACGAGCUCCAGUCCCAGAGUCAAGCUCCGCCAUCCAACGGACUUGACCAGCGAGAUGCUCGAAUUCCCGGUGCUCCUGCCCAAAGCCCGCGGCAGGAGCCCGGUCGCGCGUUCCCAGAUCCCCGUGGCGCGCCUCGGUCGCCCAAGAUGGGUGAUCCCAACACCUACCCCCCCCCCCACACUCUACCCCAGCUUGGAAAUGUUCCUGGUCCUGGCCAUGAACGAGCUGCUAGCAGUGGCAACACCUUUGGUGCACCGCGGGGUGCUUUGCCAACUGGUCUGCCCGUCGCACCCCCUGGCCCCCCUGGACCUCCUGGCCCUAAUGGCGGUGCUCCUCCCCCUUCCGCUUACCAGGGUCGUCCUUUCAGUCCUCCUUCUGAAAUCCGCCCGAUUCGCGAUGAGCGCCCCUCUUCACCAGGAUCAGGUUACCCUCUCCAACAGUUCCACCCCGGUCCCACCCUCCCCCCCCAAGUUCCGGGUGGUAACUCCAUCGCCUCUGGUGCCCCGGCUCCUCCUUCAGCUGCUACUGCUGCUGAGGCUGCCGCCCGUGAUCGCGAAGAUCGUCCCACUUCUGCAAUGAAGCGCGGCCGCGAAUGGGAGGCUGAUGGUCCCAUCAAGAAGCUUGCGAGUGAUGAGACCCGCGCCCGUCUGGAUGACCAAAAUAGCCGCCGCCCGAGCCCACCUGCCCGUAUGCCUUCUCCUGGCGAGAUGCAACGACGCAGCUCCUCGGAGGCCCGCCGCGAGGAUGCCCGACGCGCCAAUGAGAACUAUCACCCCUCAGAGGCCGCCCACCACCCUCCUACCCUGCCAUCGAUCCAAGACAUGCCUCCCCGUGCUUCUACCGGUCCUAGCCUUCCCCCAAUGGCUGAGGCUGCUGCUCCCACGUCGAACGCCCCCCCCUUCUGGACCUCCUUCUGCCAACACCCCGGUCAAGGAAGAAGUUCCUCGCCCUGA